AUGAGAGGCAUGAGUCUCUACACCAUCAUCGCCAAACAUAUAUUCGAGAACCACGAGAUGUACCAGUUGAUGUAUGCUGAGGAUCAGAUGAAGUUCACCCAGGCUGUGGGCAACCGCCUCACUUAUCUCAAGGGCAAAUAUAAGACCCAUCAUGCACGCUUCAAGCAGACGGGUGCUGGAGUCAAUCCGGAGGAACCUGGCACCGCAGUGAAUUUACUAGCGCAAGUUUUAAGCGACUUCCCGCGGUACGAAGAUCUCGAUGAGAUCUGGAGAGAUAACCCUGUGUAUGCUGCCAAAACCUUCUCUUCUGCUCCUGGUACAGAUCGCGCAGGGGACUUCAAAGCCCUGAUGCAACCAAGGAGCAAAGGAAAAGGAAAAGCCUCCCCCCCCAAUCCUGAUGAUCCGAUGAUCAUCGGUGACAAUGCUCCUGUUGAAGACGAGCACGUUGACAGUGCCGAAGGCCAUCCUCCUGCCAACCCUCUUGAAGACCAUCCUCCCGCCAACCCUCCUCCCGUAAAUGAUCCUCCCGCCAAUGCUCCUCCCGCCCACCAUCCUCCCGCCAACCCUCCUCUCGCCAACCCUCCUCCUGCCAACUCUCCUCCUGCCAACCCUCCCGCCAACCCUCCCGCCAACCCUCCUCCCAACUUCAAUGACUUCACCAUGGGCGAGGAGCUUGACUAUGAUGAGCAAGACAUCACCAUGCAGAAGGAUCAGGGGGAGGUAGAGCAUGAAGAAGCACUCACAAUCCAGCAGUCCCUUUCCAACAAAUGCCCGCUCUCCUCCCCCUCCCCACUCCACAUGCACAUGCACACACACACCCACAACCGCUCAUCCCUCGGAACAUUCAAAACCCAUGCCGAUUGUGUGAUGGGCCAUGGACCCAUGCGCUCACCGAACCCACCAUCAUCUGUUGCAUUGUUGUCCAUGAAGAUGACGACACACUCUACAUCCUCGGGACUUUUGUCGCCAUCUUCCUCCUCACACCUACAGACCAUGCUCAACGAUAGCAGUGUGAAAAAAUUGCACCUUGGGAAGAAUAUUGCGUCGGACAUUGGGAGCGUUUGCGGGAAAGUUGAGACACUAACCAGCAACAUGUCCUAUAUCUACACUGCAAAGGCGGCCGCCUCUGAGUACAAGAUCGCCAAGGUCAACGCUCUCCAUCAGGAACGUGACCUCGACUUCCAACGUGAGAAAGUGCAGCUCAAAUGCAGCGAGGCCAUUGUAGUACAUCAGUGCUGUCAAGAGUCCAAGACUCUUGACCUUCAAGUUCUUGAAGCUCAAGCCAAGGUUCAUGCUGAGUGCAAAGCCGCCCUUCAGCUCGAAAUCGAGCUUCUCAAAUUGAAGGGAGGUGUGGCUGAUUAG